AUGGGCAGACCAAUCCGGGAAGAGCAGAAGAGGCACAUUAGACCGUCAAACGUUUCCAGCGCCGUGGGGAGCGAGCUGCCAGCCAAAACUGACCCUGGGCCCAAGAAACCUCACAAUUGUGAUGUAAAAGACGAACACCAAAUAAACGGCCCAGGUUCCAAAACCGUUGAUCUUGGCGUCGUACCUUCGCUGAAGACCUCAGCUAAGUGCGACCCAGAAAAAGCGCCCAACUCGGAAAAGGCUGACUUCGAAAGGGCCAUCGAAUUAACCGGCUAUGGACGGUUCCACUACCUGCUGUUGGCAGUAUGUGGCCUGGUCAGCACCUCCGAGGAGAUGGACGUCAUCUCGAUGUCCUUCAUCCUGCCCUCGGCGCAAUGCGACCUAAAUCUCACCACGCAUACGAAAGGAUGGCUGAACAGUAUAAUCUUCAUCGGGAUGAUGGUGGGCGCCUACGCGUGGGGCUCGGUGGCAGACUCGCUGGGCAGGAAGCGCGUGCUCAUCGCCAUAUCCGUGGUCAACGGGGUCGCCAUCGUCGCUUCGUCCUUCAGCCAGAACUAUGAACUCUUCAUGCUGUUCCGCUUCAUCAACGGCGCGGCCUUGGGCGGUUCGGGUCCCGUGAUUUGGUCCUACUUCGCGGAAUUCCAGCCGAAGAAGAAGCGGGGCGCCAUGUUGAGUUUCAUGGCAGCGUUUUGGACGCUCGGCAAUCUGUUUGUGGCUGGGCUGGCGUGGGUCAUCAUACCUAGCGAAAUCGGGGGGACAACGGGCGGCUUCGUAUACAACUCGUGGCGUAUAUUCCUGCUGGUGAUGUCACUGCCAUCGUUCCUUGUCGCCGCACUGCUGUUCCUGUUGCCGGAGUCGCCGAAGUUCCUCAUCUCCUCGGGCCGUCACGAGGCGGCCCUGGAGGUGUUCAGGGGCAUAUACCUGAUGAACACCGGCCGCAGCAAGGAGCAAUACCCGGUCAAACAGAUCCUAGUCGACGAGCCGAUGCACUCGAAGCCCGAGAAGCAGCUGGAGGAGAAGGAGCCCAGGUCGAAGAUGCGCCGGAUGCUGAGCGACAUCGUGGAGCACAGCAAACAGCUGUUCGUGCCGCCGAUACUCAAGUUCACAACUAUAUCCAUCACGAUCAACUUCACGUUCCAUAUCGGUUACUACGGGCUGAUGAUGUGGUUCCCGGAGAUGUUCAACCGCUUCGACGAGUGGUCGCGCGCGAACGACAACGCGCCGGCGGACAUUUGCAUGGUGACGUCAUACGUGACGCAGCGCGGCACCCACUCGGCGGACGCGCUCUGCGACCCGCACAUACACUCCGACGUGUUCAUGGAGUCGCUCAUCACCGUCGCCGCCGCGAUACCGUCCAACAUAUUCGCCGUGCUCGGCAUGGACCGGCUCGGCAGGAAGUUCUUCCUGGUAUUCGCGACUUUCUCGGCCGGCCUGUGUUCAGCCGCGAUGUACUUCGUGUACAACAAGACCAACAAUCUUAUCGUGAGCGCCAUCUUCAGCUCCGUCAUAUCCUGCGGCAACGCUUCCCUCGACUGCCUCAUUACGGAAGUCUUCCCCACCAACUUACGCGCAACGGGCGUAGCAGUGUCUAUGGUGGCGGCGCGUCUCGGCGGCAUCAUAGGCAACGUCGUGAUAGCCGCCCUCCUCGACACAUACUGUCCCGCUCCGACCUUCAUCGUGGCCGUGCUACUGGCUAGCGGCGGUCUCAUGUGCCUCUUCCUGCCUAACACCACGCGACAAGCUCUGCAG